CCAGGCAGACAGACAGCGGCUCAGCGCUCACUCUGAAGCAGACAAAGGCGAGGGGAGAGACGGUGUGCCGCUAAACCUCUAAAGCAUCGGCCCACUCUGGUUCAUUCAUUCCACAUCACUGCCUACAGCCACCACUCAGGCUCCCUAUUUGAUCUUUGCCUACACACCUUCCAGUGACUAUGGAGCUAGACUUUGGACAUUUUGACGAGCGUGACAAAAGCCGUACUCCUAGAGGUGGUCGUAUGAAUGGACUCCCCAGCCCUACCCACAGUGCCCACUGCAGCUUCUAUCGCACACGCACACUGCAGGCGCUGACGAGUGAGAAGAAGGCCAAAAAAGUGCGCUUCUAUCGCAAUGGAGACAGGUACUUCAAAGGCAUCGUGUAUGCAGUGGCCAGUGACCGGUUUCGCACCUUUGACGCUCUCCUGGCUGACCUCACGCGAUCACUGGCUGACCACAUCAACCUGCCACAAGGGGUCCGCUUCAUUUUCACCAUCGAUGGGUCACGCAAAAUUUCUACUUUGGAUGAGCUAGAAGAGGGGGAGAGCUAUGUCUGUGCCUCAGAAAACUUGUACAAGAAGGUGGACUACACAAAGAACGUCAACCCCAACUGGUCUGUGAAUGUGAAGGCCUCAGCCAACCAGAAGAACAUCCAGUCUCUCGCUGCAAAAGCUGCUAGUGAGCCUAGGGAGAGUAAAGAGUUUGUUCGGCCCAAACUGGUCACCAUAAUGAGGAGCGGAGUCAAGCCUCGCAAAGCUGUCCGAGUCCUGCUCAACAAGAAGACUGCACACUCCUUUGAGCAGGUCCUCACUGACAUUACAGAAGCCAUCAAACUGGAGAGUGGAGUGGUCAAGAGGAUCUACACACUGGACGGCAAGCAGGUUACGUGCCUCCAGGAUUUCUUUGGCGAUGAUGAUGUCUUUAUUGCAUGUGGGCCAGAGAAAUUUCGAUAUGCACAAGAUGACUUUUCUCUGGAUGAGAAUGAAUGCAGGGUGAUGAAGACACCCAAAGGUCAGAAAGGAUCAGCAAAGAGCCCUGGGCCAAUUAAACGGUGCAAAUCUCCUGCUGAAUCAACUAACGGGACAGGCUCCAGCAGUCAGCUCUCCACCCCGAUUUCUAAGCAUUCCCCCACCUCCACCCCCACCAGCCCAGGCCACAACAACAAGCAGAAGGAUCUAUAUCUUCCGUUAUCUCUGGAUGAUGAGGACUCCCAGGGUGAAUCUAUGUAAACAUCCAUCUCCUACCCCUGAAGCGAGAAUCUUUGUUUUUACUCACUUCAUAUGUUGUCAUGGAAACUACAUAUUGUCUAUUGAAAAACCUUAUUCAUCGGGGCCAUGUAUGUUUGCUGCUUGUGAAUUUCACUAUCCUUUUUUUUAAUCCUGAUGAAAAAACAUUACACUAAUCACUUGCUAAUGUUCUGGUGUUUUUAAAGUUUUGUGGGUUAGUCAGUUUAGAAGAUGCACUUGUUCACUUAAGACAGGUUUCACAUUGUACAAAUAUUUCAAAUUACGUUUUUUACUUGUCACAUUUGAACUUUUUCCACUUCUGAUUCCAAGCAGCAAAUGGACAUUUUAAAGGGUGUUUGUUAGAACUGGUUCAACUUUGAUAUUUCUCACAGUGUCCUUCUGCCCAACAGUUGGCAAUGAAACGGAGGCUAGUCUAAGUCUUGUAGCCCGCUGUAUAUAAUGUGUAGAACUACUGCAUCACUGCGCAUUGUCUGUCACUGUUUUUCCGUCCAUUUUCCUAUGACAUUAAUGUUUGACUAACAACUACAUAGUCAACAACAGGGUAUAUUUAAAACAGAAGAGGCACCCACUUGUCAUGCAGAUUAAGUUGUCUGGGAUACUGGCAGGAAUCCGGUAUCGAAAGUUAUAAUUGUAUUGAUUGGCAUAUUCUUUAAAUGGAUUUAGGCUGGUGUUUCCUCUGUUUUGAGCCCAUACAAACACAUUAUUCAAUAAAUAGUUGUCUGAACAUGAGAUGUCCAUAAGUGCAGUGCAUGAUAAAAAAGCGUGACUUUUUCAUACUAUGGGCAUGUCGGACCUAAUGGUGUUUGAACAACCAAAGGAAAAAGGCCAUUUCACCACAUGCAGUAGUAGUUUACUAUUCCCUCAUUUUUAUUAAAAGCAUUAAGGUCUUAAAGCCAAAGUAUGUUUUAGACUAAUAUUUAUACAAAAGGGAUCAUGGUUGUGGCUCUGCGGGACAUUUAUGCAUGAUAUUUUACUGUCAAUCAUCGGAAGGUUUUAGAUUCAGAGCUAAACGGGAGUGGGAAUUUUCAUAUUUUGCAUGGCUCAGAAUAGUUUUCAGAUAACAGGGAGAAGAUCUUGUCUAAGUCUAUGUGGGUUUUUAUAUUUUAUAUAAUGUAUUAAUUUAUAUCAAGGGUAUCGUUUAGGAUAAGUUUCUAUACAAUUUUAACUACUACAAACACUUUACCUAAGUCUCUAUUUGAGGUUUUUCUUUUUCUAUUCCACCAAACCUGCAUUAUGUGUCUGAAUGACUGUAAAAGACCUCUCAGGUUCUGAGCAGGGAUUUAAAUUGGACCCACUGAAGCACAAAGUCAGAAUCCACAGCAACUAGACACUUUACUGUCUAUUGGCCAGCACUGCAAUCCGUGACCACAAUUAACAAUUACUAUAAAAAAGAAGCUGCAGAUGUAGUAGCAAUUGAUUUUUAAAUCUAUGCAUUUAGAGAUAAAAAUAUUUUAAAAUGUCACAUGUGAUGACAAGUUUUUUUAUACCCAAGAAAUGACCCAAGAGAUGAGCUUAAACUGAUGUUGACCUGUUUUGUUGUGAGUGUUCUGUUGUGUCUGAAACCUGAGUAUGUGUUUUACUGUUAUCCCAAAAAUUUGGUGCUGUAAGUGUAAUAAACAUAUUUUCCCUACAGGGGGCGCUGUCACACCAGCACAGAUUAAACCAACAGGGACAGACAACUUUGAGAAUAAUAGUACAAAAACACAUUGCUGUAUCAGUCAGAUGUAAUUCACACGGUCUGUAUCUUCUUAAUAUUAUUUCAUUUGUAUUAAUUUUUACAACAACUGUCAGAAAAGUUUUGUCUUGUGUAUCUGGCUCAUCACCUACAGUGGUGCCUUUUUUGAGUACAAUUUUUGAUAAGAUAUGAACGGGACAUAACUCCACAUACAGAGGCCUCCAACAUUUGUUUUGUAGACACUUUGUCCUGGUGUAAAUAGACUUCCAUCUUUCAUAUGUAAACCUUUUCUGAGCAAAUCAACUACUUUUUUUCUUGGAAAUUUUACAAUGUCAUUUUCGGUGGUAUUUUGCAUUGUCACAGUGGCUUAUCAACGCUUCAUUCAAUGUAUUAACCAGUAUCCUUUUGCAAUUAAAAUGGUUGAAUUUUA